AUGAGCGUAGAGAAGGCAGGUUCCAUCCAGAUCGACGAUGCGGUCGCCAUACAUGACCUCAAAGAACUGGGCUACGAGCAGGAAUUGGUCAGGUCGCGAGGGCUACCUCAUAUCCUCUUCACUUGCGGCCUGGCGGCCCCGAUCGCGACCUCCCUCGUCGGCGGAGGCCCCGCGUCCAUGUUCUGGGGCCUCCUCGUCGUCUCCCUCUUCACCCUUGCCGUCGCCCUAUCCCUGGCCGAAAUCGCCUCCAAGUACCCUACGUCUGGCGGGGCGUACUACUGGACGUAUCAGCUUGCUCCCAGACGGUACAGAUUGGUGCUGUCCUACAUCACCGGAUGGCUGAUUGUGACGGGCGACUGGAUGUUGGCACUGAGUGCGGCUUUUGGUACGGCCCAGUUCUUUGUUGCCGGCGUAGGGAUAUAUCACCCUGAAUGGGAGGCGACGGCGUGGCAGACGUACCUGAUCUUCCUCGGCAUCCUACUUGUGAUCGGCAUCUUUUGCAUCUUCUUCAACCAAUACCUGCCGUUGCUGGAGAUCAUCUCCGCCUGCUGGAUCGUCCUCGGCCUCAUUGCCCUUCUCAUCUCCCUCUCCGUGCGCGCACAGGCCGGGCGUCACUCCGCCGAAUUCGCCUUCACGCACUUUGAUGCCUCCUUCUCGGGCUGGCCGGCGGGAUGGACCUUUUUUAUAGGGCUGUUUCCGGCGGGCUAUACGUUCUCGGGCGUCGGGAUGAUCGCCUCCAUGGCAGAAGAGGUCCAUAAGCCCGCGCUCAAUGUCCCGCGCGCGAUGGUAUGGUCGGUCCCCAUUGGCUGGCUCAUGGGCGUCGUGUUCAUAUUGCCAAUCAACUUUACGCUCCCGGAUGUGGCGGAGUUGUUGCAAGUAUCGUCCGUGCAACCCAUUGCGGUCAUCUCCACCAUGGUCAUGGGCUCGAAGGGAGGCGGGUUCGGGAUGUGGUUUAUCAUCUUCGGAAUCGCGCUCUUCUGCUCCAUCUCCAUCAAUUGCGCCGCCUCGCGCGCUACCUGGUCCUUCGCAAGGGACAAGGGCCUUCCCUUCCAUGCUACCUUCGCCGAGAUUACUUUGGUCGGCACGGCAAGCUCGAGCAGCAACGAUCUCCCUCUCAACGCCCUCCUCCUCUCCCUCGCCAUCCAAGCGCUGCUCGGUCUCAUUCACCUCGGCUCGAGCGCCGCCUUCAACGCCUUCGUCGGCGUCGAGGUGAUGUGUCUGGGCGCGAGCUAUGCGAUACCCAUCAUCGCGGUUAUGGUCGGAGCAAGGGGAGGCGUGGAGGACGCGACGUACUCGUUGGGCAAGUGGGGCUGGGCAUGCAAUAUCAUAGCGGUUCUGUGGGUUGCGCUGGAGAUGGUAUUGUUCUCUAUGCCGGCGGUUUUGCCGGUGGAGAAGGAGACGAUGAUCGUGGAUUAUCGACCAGCCGCUGACGAGCGAUAUGCAGACUACGCGUCCGUAGUGUUUGUCGGUUUUGCGGCGAUCAGUGCGGGCUGGUACAUGAUCAAUGGUCGCUUCCAUUACGCAGGACCUCCCGUCGCGAAACAACUUGAGGCAGACGACUGA